CACAAUUCUUCACUCGUCGGCACGGACGACGCGGAGGGCGGAGUGCAGAGGGCGGAGGGAGAACGAACGGCGGUAGAGCGACGGUACUGACAGGCAACACGAGCCCACGCACGGCGCAUGCAACCCGCGUAAACAGCCCAGCGAGCAACGUCUUUGGUUCUGCGUAAUUUACCAUGACAACCGAAUCAGGCGCAGACUCUGAGGCCAGGCAGCAGCAGCAGCAGCAGCAAGAGGAGAGCGUAGCGGCUCCCAAGGAGAACCCAAAAGCUGCUGAACCCGCCUCACCUCAGAACCAACUGGAGCAGUUUCCCGCCGCCGUGGGGCACAGCACGCCGGCCAGGAAAGAACAGGAUACGCCAGAGGAAGACCAAGAGUCCCGCCAGUCAUCCACCAGUCGUCUGUCCAGGUCUCCUUUAAAAGGAGUGAAGAAGGUGAAGAUCAUGCAAUGCAAGGUGACACUAUUGGAUGGUUCUGACUACACCCUGAAUGUGGAGAAGCGGGUCAAAGGUCAAGUUCUCUUUGACAAAGUCUGCGAUCACCUCAAUCUGUUAGAGAAGGACUACUUUGGGAUUACUUACAGAGAUGUGGAGAAACAGAAGAAUUGGCUGGAUCCUACUAAGGACCUGAAAAAGCAGAUCAGGACUGGUCCCUGGAACUUUGCUUUUAAUGUGAAGUUCUACCCUCCAGACCCCUCCCAACUGACCGAGGAUAUCACAAGGUACUACCUGUGCCUGCAGCUCCGAGGUGACGUGGUUUCUGGUCGCCUCCCCUGUUCCUUUGCCACCCACACCGUUCUGGGCUCGUACACUGUGCAGUCGGAGCUGGGCGACUACGAUCCCGAGGAGCUGGGCAGCGACUACAUCAGCGAGCUACGCUUUGCACCCAACCAGACCAAAGAGCUGGAGGAGAAAGUCAUGGAGCUCCACAAGACUUAUAAGGGGAUGACUCCGGCUGAAGCGGAAAUGCAUUUCCUGGAAAAUGCAAAGAAGCUGUCCAUGUACGGUGUAGAUCUCCACCAUGCCAAGUUGGUAGGGCGUCUCUAUCAAGGCUUGGCUCGUGCGCCGGGUGAGGACUCGGAGGGUGUGGAGAUCAUGUUAGGAGUGUGUGCCAGUGGUCUCCUCAUCUACAGGGACAGGCUGCGCAUCAACCGCUUUGCCUGGCCCAAAAUCCUCAAGAUCUCCUACAAGAGGAACAACUUCUACAUCAAAAUCCGGCCCGGCGAGUUUGAGCAGUUUGAAAGCACUAUUGGCUUCAAGCUUCCCAACCACCGUGCUGCCAAGCGGCUGUGGAAGGUCUGCGUUGAACAUCACACCUUCUUCAGGCUUGUGUCCCCCGAGGCGCCCCCAAAGAAGUUCCUCACCCUCGGCUCCAAGUUCCGCUACAGUGGCAGGACGCAGGCGCAAACUCGCAGGGCCAGCUCUCAGAUCAUUCGACCGGCCCCCUUCUUCGAGCGCUCCGCCAGCAAACGUUACAACAUGUCACGCAGCUUGGACGGAGCGCCCAUCGCAGAGAACCACGAGACUCUGAUGAGGGACAGCGACAGCGCCGCCAACGCCAGGGGAGACAUUAUCACCACGGUGACCACCGAAAAGAAGGCGGAGGAAGAGAAGGCGGAGCGGGAGGAUGCCCGUGCGGACACGACCGCCGACGCCGGCACCCCGACGCCGGUCAGACAAGAAGCAAAGCGCUCCCCCUGUGCCUUCACCGCCAGCGCCCUCGGCUCUGAGCUCUCACUCCCUUCAUCCCCCGUGUCAUCAACAAAAGUGCGGCGGCGGCGCAGGGAAACCGCGCGCAAACGGGCCUCCUCUGUGAGCCCGGUCAAGGACGGCGCCGGCCGCCGCCGCCAGCAGGCCCGCUCAGAUCGCCAAGCAGCCCUACUGGCGGAGCGGGCAAUGCUCCUGUCGGCCCGCAAGCGGCGGCUGGAACAAACCGGCGGUGCGCGCGGUGGCACGCUCUUCUCCUUCUCCCUGCACCUACCCGACCUGUCGGCUGUCCUGGACGAGGACGGCUACCUCAGCUUCCCCGACCUGUCGGAGAUGCGCUUCCUGCCUGAGUGCGCUCAGAACUUUGUGCCCAUCAAGUCGCCGUCGCUCAUCCCCUGCUUCCUCUUCAUCUUCUUCUUUCUGCUGUCCACCUCCUUCUCCGUGCCCUACGCCCUCACCCUCUCCUUCCCCCUGGCGCUGUGCCUCUGCUACCUGGAGCCCAAGGCAGCCUCGCUGACCGCCUGCAUAGCCCAGGGCUACCAUGACUAUGACAGUUCAGAGGAAGAGGAGACCGACAGCGAACAAACUGACUUUGCCUUCGACGGGGAUAUUACUGCCACGGAGUCGGAUGCGGACGACGACUCUGAGAUGCCCACUCAGGACACAGAGCCCCCCGCUGAGAUGGUCAAGCACCAGACCAACAUCAGCGAGCUGAAGCGCUCCUUCCUGGAGACGGACGCCGGCGUCCCAGGCCUCACUGAAUGGGAGCGGAGGCUCUCCUCGUCCCCGGCGCGCUCGCCCAGAUCUGACGAGCCGCCAAUGAUAGAACCUCUGGAACAGGAACAGCAGGAUGAAGAAGAUGAAAAGCCCGCCGGAGAUGAGACAAAGGCAGAACCUCAAGUGACCGAGGCGGCAGAAUAUCUGCUGAAAUGCCCUGCGGAUAGUUCCCUAGCAGACGGAACGCCCCCGCAGGAGAUUAGCCCGUCGGCCACUAUGGACGAUGACGUUUUUGCAGCGGAGGAGAAAACCCCCGACUCCCGGGACCAGUUGUCCGAAAUGUCCGUGGAUAGGCUGAGCCCGGGUUCCGUCAGAGAGGAAGUGUCCCAAGCCAUCACCGACAAAAGAGGCAUGCUCAUCAUAUUGAAGGAGGCCGAGGUGGAAGCGGAAGGGAAAGACGAUGUGGGAAAGCUCCUCUUGAGUAAGAUGGAGGCGCUGGUGGAGGACGCGUCUCCAGUCAAAGGCUCGCCCAAGAAGGCCAUGGCCUCGUGGGUGUCGGAGGUGGCGAGAGCUGAGGAGUCUGAGGACUUCAGAGUGCUGACGGAGGAGAUGCCCAAGACCUUUGAGCAGUCAAAGCCCGACGUGGCUCAGAUUACGCACUCGGAGGCCGCGCCCUUAGCAGUGUCGACUCUCGGAUGGAUUUCUCCUUCUGUGACUUCUGAAAAGGCAUCAGCUGACCUGGAGCAGAAGAAACAUGUUGCCAUGGAGAUGGAGGCAGCGCCGGAAGACCGUACACGUAUGGAAGUGGACGCGGUCUGCGCCAAAGAGAUGCCCGUGGUUCAUACAGAGACCAAGACUAUCACGUACGAGUCUGCUGCGAACGACAUGAACGGCGACACAGACCCCGGCGUGUUGCUAAGCGCCCAAACCAUCACCUCGGAAACCACCAGCACUACCACCACCACACACAUCACCAAGACUGUGAAAGGAGGCAUUUCAGAGACGAGAAUCGAGAAAAGGAUUGUCAUCACGGGAGACUCCGAAAUCGACCACGAUGAGGCUCUGGCUCAGGCCAUAAAGGAGGCCAAAGAGCAGCAUCCUGACAUGUCAGUGACCAAAGUAGUGGUACAUAAAGAAACAGAGAUCACGCCAGAGGAGGGGGAGGACUGACCCAGGAGUAACCACGACAUCCCAGAAUUCCACUGUCGACGGCGGGACCUGAAACUCUUCCUCUCCCUUCCUCAUACUCCAGCUUGGCCGCUAGUCGCAACCAUCCAACCUGCAGAAGUUAAAAAAGGAACGCAUGCAGCGAAGGAUGCAAUAUGGCAUUAUUGUUAUCGUCAUCACACAUCCAAGCGAGAUUAUCCCGGAAAAAACUGUACGGUUUUAAAAAAAAAAAAAGUAGAAGUAAUAAUAAUUAAAGCAAGUUGCUUUCACUGCCUUAUGACCUAAAAGCGUUUUUAUGAAAGUAAUUGUUGUAGCCAGCUUUUUGUUUUUAUUUAUGAAAAGCCAUCACUCCAAACAAGUUGCAUAGACGUUUAGCGCGUGCACUCUUUACCCUUCCUAUAGAUGGAUUUCGCAUCAACUAUGCCACUUAAUACAAACACUUGGCCAUUUUCGUUCAUUUCUCAUUGUUGAUUUUUUUUGUUGUCGUUUUUACUUGAACUGCAUUUUUUUAACAAUCAUAUCAGUGUUUUUUUGUGUGUUUGCAUCGACGCUAUGACGAGGCUUUUCAUCAGCAAGACGCCAAGGAAAUCAUUUGAAUGUGCCUGUUCAGGCUUUGAAUGUGUCCGCUGUAUGCCAGCCCCUCGUAGCACCACCCGUCUCCAUCGCCAAGUACGUUUAACUCCCGAUGUUUGGGAAAAGUGACAGAUGUGUGUCUGUUUUGAAUUGCAGUUUGCUUCUCCGGUUAAUAAAACGUUGACACAUCACAAUAAAAA